AUAAUAUCAGCCGAUAUUAUGGGCAUCCUUUUGACAGCUUUGUGAUUGAUUGACAGCCUUGCUAUAUCCCUGAUUAUUAGCCCUGUAUAGUUUCCGUAGAUAUCUACUUUUCUAUAUUAUAAAUAGGCUCUUGUAUCCUUUGUAAAAGUCAAGCAAAUAGACAAUACACAUUCUUACAUGGUAUCGAUCUAGCUGCCAUCCUCCUACUUUCUCCUUUCUUCCCCUUCUUUUUCUUUUCCCUCUGUUCAUCCUCAUGGGUGACAAAUCCUCCACAACUGCACCUCAAACACUUCACCCUGUCUACACGGUCACAAAUAUUCAACACAAGGUCCGUGUUCUUGACGGCGUCAAAGUCUCAUACCCGUCAUGGGUUAAGCUUUUUACGCUCCAUGCCGAAGGGUAUGAUGUGGUGGACCACAUCGACGGUACGCCGGCCCCGGCCAAAGAAGCUGCUGAAUUUGCCUCGUGGAAGAAGAUUGAUGCGGUUGUACUACAAUGGAUUUACGGGACACUCUCGGACGAUUUGUUAGUUCGAGUCUUGGAAGACAAAUCCACUGCAUAUGCAGCAUGGGAACGGGUCAAAAACCUGUUCUUGAACAACAAAGGCUCUCGAGCCGCCGCCCUACAACACGAACUCACAAACCUUACCCUAUCCGCUAUGCCAGAUCUUGACUCCUACUGUCAGCGUAUUCGCGAACUCGCUGACCAAUUGGCUGCUGUUGACUGCCCGCUCACCAACACUCAACGGAUCCUUCAUCUUGUUCGGGGUCUACCCCGUGAAUACGACACCACGGCAUCAAUCCUUAACCAAUCUCUGCCACCGUGGGAAUCUGCCGUUGAACAACUACAAUCCGAAGCUCGCCGCAUAUCCGCACGGGAAACCCUCACACCAUCUCCUCUGGUCGCCGCUGCUGUUACCUCUCAACCCCACCACGACACUCCUCCAAAUCGUGACAUCUCAUCACCGCCCCCACGUGAAUCUCGUGAACAGAGGGACAGCCGCCGCUCUUCUGGUCGUCGUGACUCCAACAGAAACCACAGGUCCUAUACUCGUCAAAAUGGGCAGGCCCAAUCAAGACACUAUCAGGCCCAAGCUCCUUUUAAUCCCUACUGGGCUCCCCAGCAACAGUUUGCACCUUAUUGGGCACCGCCUCCUUGUCCCUUUCCCACCCAGCCUUGGGCUCAGCAGUGGGAGUCAAGGCCCAACUCGAGGCCCAAUCACAGCAAUCACUCAGCCCCAUCCAACAGUCAUGCAGCCCAGGCCAACCUAGCUGAGACGGAUCCAAUGGACCCAACCAGUCUCGCGAACACAAUGCAGGCUCUAUCCAUGGACACUUCUGGUAAUGGUCAAUGGCAUUUUGACACAGCUAGAGGCAAAGUUUUUUGAAGAGAGAGCCGCAUUGGAACUGAAAUACCAGAAACUGUACGCGCCAUACGCAAAGGUUUGGAUAUAUGAUUUUCUCCCAUUUGUAUAUCUGCUCAUGAUGAUGAGAUUGGCAUUGAUCGCACAUGUAGUCGUUUGUGGUUAGAACUUAGAAGUUGUUCUGUCUGGUGACUUUAGAACAUUAGAAACAUAUACAAUUUAUUUCGCUUGAACAAUAGUCAUACUGUCAUAGUCAUACUGUCAUAGUGAAGGGUUUCUGGGUGAAGGGGAAUG